ACCGAGGGCCACCAGUCUCCGCUGGGCCGACGAUGGAGCCGGGGAGCGGAAAGGGGAAUCUCGAAUUGCGGAGUUGCGUGCCCCGGCCCCCGCCGCCUCGAUGGAUCGGCCCGUCCUGCACGCCGCUCAUCGGGCGAGGUGUAAGCGGAGGACGGUGGGGACGACGGGGACCGGGAGACUGGGGAGACCCGGGAGAGUACGGCAGGCACGGGCCGGGCCCGGCUGGGGAGGAGCAAGGGCCUCGCCUUGCAGGGAUCACGAGGCGCUCCAGCGGAUCCCUUCGGAGGCUCGGGGACAUGACAGGACAAGCCCUGAAGAGGUCCUUUGAGGUCGAGGAGGUCGAGGCCCCCAACUCGUCCAGCCUGCCGCGGCGGACCCAGCCCCCCCUGCUGCGCACGGCCGUCGCCAGCUCCACGCACAAGUUCCAGGACCCGGGCGCCAAGCCCCCCGCCGAGCCCCUCGGCCGCCAUGUGGACGUCCCCCAUCAGAGGUCCCCCAAGGCGGCGCUGAGGCGGGUUGAGCCGCCCGGGCCCAAGUCCGCCGAGCCCGUGUCCCGGCGGACAGAGAUCUCCAUCGACAUCUCCUCCAAGCAGGUGGAGGGCGCCGGUAGUGCCAGCCUGUCCCGCUUCGGCCUCAAGCGCGCCGAGGCGCCGGGACACCGGACGCCGGAGCCGCCCCCCCGCAGGACGGAGAUCACCCUCGUCAAGGCUUCGGAGCUGCCGGGGCCACGCAGGAUGGAUGCCCCGGCCUCCAAGAUCCCCGAACCGCUGCCGCCGUCGCGCAAGCCCGAGGCCGCCGACGGGGCCGCCAGGAGGGCCGAGGCCCAGGCCCCGGCCCCGAAGCCGUCACCCCUGCCGCCGGAGGGCCCCGCCCCGCCCGGACGUACGGCGGAGAACUCAGACCCCGGCCCUACCGCGCCGUCUCAGCCCGAACUCAAGCCCCAGGCGCCCGUGGAGCCCGAGGCGCUGCCCAAGCGUCACGAGGCGGCCGAGGCGGCGUCCAGCUACAUGAGCAGCAUGGCAGACACCCCCAGAGAUGCCGGCCCUAAGCAGGUCCCCCCGGUGCGCGCCGAGAAAACCACCCUGGACUUUGGCUACGUGGGGAUCGAUGCCAUCCUGGAGCAGAUGAGGAGGAAAGCCAUGAAGCAGGGGUUCGAAUUCAACAUCAUGGUGGUCGGGCAGAGCGGCCUGGGGAAGUCCACGCUGAUCAACACCCUGUUCAAAUCCAAAGUCAGCCGGAAGUCGGUGCAGCCCUCGCCCGAGGAGCGGAUCCCCAAAACGAUCGAGAUCAAGUCCAUCACCCACGAUAUCGAGGAGAAGGGCGUCCGCAUGAAGCUGACAGUGAUUGACACGCCGGGUUUUGGGGACCACAUCAACAACGAGAACUGCUGGCAGCCAAUCAUGCGGUUCAUCAACGACCAGUACGAGAAGUACCUGCAGGAGGAGAUCAACAUCAACAGGAAGAAGAGGAUCCCGGACACCCGGGUCCACUGCUGCCUCUAUUUCAUCCCAGCCACCGGCCACUCACUGCGGCCACUGGACAUAGAGUUCAUGAGGCGCCUGAGCAAAGUGGUCAACAUCGUGCCGGUGAUCGCCAAAGCCGACACGCUGACGCUGGAGGAGAGGGACUACUUCAAACAGCGGAUCACGGCGGAUCUGCUGUCCAACGGCAUCGACGUGUACCCCCAGAAGGAGUUCGAUGAGGACUCGGAGGACAGGAUAGUGAAUGAGAAAUUCAGGGAGAUGAUCCCGUUCGCGGUGGUCGGCAGUGACCACGAAUACCAGGUGAACGGGAAGAGGGUUCUCGGCAGGAAGACCAAGUGGGGCACCAUCGAAGUUGAAAAUACUACGCACUGUGAGUUUGCCUACCUGCGGGACCUCCUCAUCAGGACACACAUGCAGAACAUUAAGGACAUCACCAGCAGCAUCCACUUCGAAGCCUACCGGGUCAAGCGUCUGAAUGAAAGUAACAGCGCCAGCGGCGGCGCGCUUUCCAAUGGCGUGGAGGAGAAGAUGGUGGCCCACGAGAUGUAGAAGCCCCCCGCCCCCAUCUUAUCUUCUGUGAUUCCCCCUUCCCCCCCACCCAUCCCACUCCUUCCACGCUGCCAGUGUUCCCUUGACCAAAUGACAAGACCCCACGUCCCAUCGUGGAGUGUUAGUUAAGCCCACGGCGGGCACCUGCUGGUGGCCAAGGAGGGCAGAGCCCCACCCCGCCUCGGGCCUGGGCUAGGGGACGGGGGAGCGGGGGCAGGGUCCGUCUGCCCGGCCGGGUCUGCCUGAGCCCACCGGCCCUGGGGCACCCAGCCCUCUCGGAGGGACCCCCUCGCCCGCCCUCUCUCCACCCCAUCAGCUCAUUUCAAAGCCCACUUCUCCCCUACGCCCCCACACCCCCUCCCCGCUUUCCUCUCCGUGACCAAGGGGGUCGGGGGUGGGAUUGUCCGUCCUGGCUGUUGCUCGUGUUCCAUGUCGGAUCUGUAUCUGCUCUCCUGUCUAGAGACGUGUGCUCAGUGCCAAAUAGCCUCAGGUGUGUGUGUCUGCGUGUGGGCACAUGUGUGCAGGUGUGAGUGGGUGGGUUGAUGUGAAUGGGUGCAUCCGGUUGGCAGUGUGUGUGUGUGUGUAUGUGUGUCUGCGCGUUGGCACGUACCCCGUCCUCCAUCCGCCCCAGACCAGGGCUUCUUAGGGACUGCGAUCUUCAGGUAUGUACUGUCAGAGGUCAUGUUUUCUCUCUCUCCCCUUUCCCUUUCUCCCCCCACCGGCGUAAAUAGCCCCCCUAGACAAAAUAACCCAAAGACGGGUCCAUCCGGCCUCCGGGCCUCCCCACCCUGACCAUAGAAGCCAGCCGCCUGCGGUUCGGGGAGAGAAGUGCCUUAACUCAGCCAGUCAGCGCAGUCUUGGCUCUGUGCUGUGUUUGCGGGACCACGGGAAUCCCGUGGAGACUUCCUCCCCACACCCCCAUCCCUCGGGCCCCCUGGCGGGGUUCCCGCCUAGAAAGCCGACCCUCCGGCCCACCCCCCAGGGAGGCAGGCAGGGGACUAGGGGGCCGGGUCCCGGGGAGAGGCACUGCGACUUCCGAACCGGGUAGUCUGGGAGCACUCGUCGGAACCAGGGAACCGGUCCCUGACCUGGGCCGUUGUGCCGUUGACCUUUAUUCUGGUGGUGACCCGUCCCCUUCUCCGCUCCUUCUCCCCCCCCGCCUUUUUCUGCACACUCAAAUGCAUGCCACCCAUGUGUGACCACACGCAACAACACGCCUCCCAGCUCUCCGUGCUCCCUUCAGCAGCCCACCCCCCAUUCCAGGUCCGACUUCCCCAGUGCCCCAUCUUCUAUUUUUAGGGAAAAGUUUUUUUUCUGGCGCUGGGUUAAAAGUGGAGACGUGGCCCCCAGAGUUCUGCAGGGAAGAGUUCUGUGUGCGGGGUGUGGAUUCUGUUUUCAAAUUUGAGAGCCAAAGUUGGGGGGUGGAGGUCUUCCCUUGACCUUCCCCUGUAAGGAGACACACCCCACCCUCCAAAUCCCUCCCCUCCUGGCUGAGUUCUUUUUCUCCACAUUCUCGGAGGAGGAUGGGGAAGUGUCCUGCGCCCGUCCACCUUCACCCCUCCCAUCCAAGGCCCUCUGAGAAAAGGCCAGGGUCAGGAAGUGACCUACCAGUUUGUAGGGGACAACGGGGCCGGCGGUAUGGUGUGGCGUGGGGGCGGGCGUGAACUCGUCGAAGAUCUGGCCGGAAGGGUCUCCUUCCUGCUUACUCCAGGAGUGGAGACGUGUAGCAACCCUGGUUUUGAUGCUCGAGGAGCCCAGCUGUGCCCAGUUCCUGCCCUGUGGCGCGUGCUUGCGUGUGUGUGCGUCCGUGUCCGUCCGUGUGCGCACGUGUCCAUCUAGGGCGAUGGUCCGAAUUCCAUUUGUGACUCUUCUUCCCUCCCGAGAAGUCUCAGAGUCUUUUCCGAACUGUAAGUUGAGGAAAUCUAUUUACUUGCUGACUUGCUAUGUUGUAGCAAAAAAAAAAGAAAAGCGUAUGAACUGAAACGUCGACUUCGGUUUCCGACGUCGGUGAUGGGGGAGGGGGGUGGGAGGGGAGGGCCGGGGUGGGGGGAGACGGGUCCCGUUUUCACGCACGGCAACAAUGCAGCCGCAGGGCCAAGCGGGAAGCUGGGCUUUUCUUCUCUGUAAUCGAAUUUGGGAAAAGUGGUUGAAAUUUCACCGAGAUCUAGCCAAAAGGCCUUUGAGAUUAUGGUAUACGCAUCAUGACAAAUUAGUCUUUUUUUUUGUAUAAAUAAUAAAGUGUUUAAUAUGUAUUUCCCGAAAUAAAUGUUUCAAAUGCAACCCGA